AUGUCGCAUGUAAAAAUGACAGUAUCAACAACUGCAGCUGCGAAUUCUUCUCCUCAAUGUGCUGGAGAAUUGAAGGAUGUUAAAGAAAAAAAUGUUAAGAGUAGCGACCAAAUUUUGUUAUCAUGUGAUGUUGAAUCACCUUUUAAUUUAAAGGGUUUUAGGGCACGUUUGAUGUGUUGUGUCCGUAUUCUUCCCAGAUUAAAUGAUGUAAAGGUAGCUUUAAAACGAUUAAUCACAUCACGGGAACAUCGUCGAGCGUCUGUUCAACGAGUGGAUGGACCCCUCACUUUAGAUACAUGUCGUCUAGAUGAAGAAGUACGAGGUUGUCAUACACCUAAUCCAACUAUAUGGUCAGUGGAAAAUUCUAUUGAGGGUGGAAUUACUGUUAUGGAUGCCAUCACUGGUAGUGUAAUAAUGAAGAUAACAGAACCUAAAUUGCAUGUUUUUGUUUCUUCUUUACUACAUGCACCAUUUCGUGGAUUUAUUAAUCAUCAAUUAGAUGUUAUUCCAAUUGAUGAACCACGAGAUAUUUUAUCUGUACGAGAAUCUUCUCUUAUUAAUACAGAUUAUGUUUGGGUAGGUUUUGUAGAUGGUUCUAUUCGAUUAUUUCCUGCAGAUCCUAGACGAAUACGAGAACAAGAUCGUUCUGCAUUAUUAGCAAAAGGUGAAUUAGCUGAUCUUGUUUAUGAACUUCCAAAGUAUCAUACCGCAGCUGUUGUAGCUAUUAAACGUAGUCCUUGUCAUGAGGAUAAUAAAACCACUGAUUUAGUAACGACAAACCGUUUAAGUAGUUGUAUACAUGAAUUAACGGCUGCAACCUCUCGUGCAUGUUCUGAAGAACGUGAACAUUUAUCACUUGUUUGUACUGCUUCAGAAGAUUCUUGUGUGGUGGUGUGGGAUGUGCAGAAAAUUUAUCGUCGUAUGGAAGAAAUGCGUGUAUCUUCGCACCGUGAUGUAUCGGCGCCGUAUGGUCUUCACUCGCCCACCUCCAUUCUGCGUGGAGAUGUUGUGACCUUUUCUGUGAAGCCAUCGUCUGGGGUGACUGGCUGCACGGUGCGGUCUACCUGCACGAUGGUGAAGGUCCGCCCGCUCUUCAAGUUGAAGGGCAGCGUGGGCGGACUGCGGGCACUCGCCUGGACGAGUACGUUAGUGACGACCGCCGGCUACGAGAAGCCGCGCGAUGUUGUCGCCAUGACGCGCGACCCGAAGGAGCCGUCGGCCCCGGCGCUUCUCCGCGCGCGGCGGGCGGUGCAGCCGUCGACCCGCUGGGAGCGGCGGGAGGAGCACCGGCGGGUGUUGCGGCUGUCGGAGCGGGAGAUGCGGGAGGUGGAGGGCGAACUCGAGCGCCUGCUGCCGCCCCUCGCGCCGGAGCCCGUCCAGCGGCGCCGCGUGAACCUCCUCGUCGCCGGCGACGUCCACGGCCGCGUGCAUCUCUGGGACUUGGACGAGGAGGUCGCCCGCUGCACCGCCGGCACCCGCACGGGGCAGAACACACCCACCUCCGCACGAUCUCGCGGGUCAUCGCGGGGGGAGAGUAUCACCAACCACUCGGUAAGUCCACGAAGACGACACACACGGCAGACCACCAAUCAAACAGCAAAUGUGAGUAGCGUAGCAGACAGUAGAAGUGGAUCCCUCUCCUUUUCACACCCAAAUAAUACGUAUGGUUCACCUUUACCACUUUCCCCAGGAACUACAGUAGAGAAGCGACAUAAAAAACAGACCAAGACACGUACAGAAGAAGGAUCAAUGGCUGUAAAAACACCACAUAGUACACAGCGAAGUGUGAAAAAAGGGGGAAAAGAACGAACUCGUAUGUCUGCAACAGUCCCACCAAGUCCAGGUAGGCUUAGUACACUCCGAAACUCUACAGUAAAGGGAGGUGGAACUAUUACUCAGUCGGCAAAACGGUCAAAAACAACUACAGGAUCUUUUUGUACACAAUCUACACAAUCUUCUUCUUUAUUACUAAGAACGAAAAAAGGUUCAGAAGGACCUAUAUCAAGAAAUUUAAGUGGUCUUAACGAUAGCUCAGAUCAUCCAAUAAAACAACGUACCAAAAGUUUAGCUGCAUCUCCUCGAGCUGCACCCAGUUCUGCUUCUAAAAGAACGAAUACAACACUGAGCACUCUUAGUGGAUUUUGUUCAAGUCGUCGACCUACCCUUACAGAACCGAAAAAAUCACUUUAUACCCCUAGAAAAACAGUACUGCAAAAAAUUACUAAUACUGUUGAUACUACUACUACUACUGCUACUACUACUAGUACUACUAAUGGUUACAAAAAUAAAACCAAUUGUGAUAAUAGUAAUAAUAAUAUAAGUCCAUAUUGUGCUAGUAGUAGACGUCGUACUACUACAAAAUUAGAAAAUGGGAGAAAAAGUACACUACGAAGUAAAAGGGCUACAUCUAGUGAUGCUGUAGCAGAAAUGGUGGAAGAAGAUACGUGGAUGGUUCAAUGGAAUUCUAAGAAGAAUACGGUUGCACCACAUUCUGUUUCUAGUUGUCGUAGUACAAGUGGACGAGCCUCAAUUUAUGGUACUGUAAAUUCUUCACGUUCUGCUGCUUGUGAUACAAUGGAUAAUGAGUGGAUAAAUGAACAUCGUUCUUUUAAUGAUAUUUACAGUAGGAAAGCGAAAUGUCAGAUGGAUCUUAUAGAUGGUGGAACUGUAACUGGAAUUGCUGUAGAUCUUCCUUCUAUUAUAACAGUUACAAUGCGUCGUUUACCUGAUCCACCUGAAAUGCAGUACUCUUUACUAGAACAACCCACAGAAGAAGAAGUACGUCGUCGUCAAUUAGCUAAUUCUUUUUAUCAACUAAGUGAUGAACGAGCAUUAUUUUUCACUUUUGAAAAAUUACAAUUUUAUCUUGCAGUAGAAGGUACAGUUAUGAAUAUGCAAUGUGUACCUAAAGCUAAUGCUGAAAGUGUAAAUCGUGCAUCACGUAUAUGGCGUAUUAAUGAAGAAAAUCCUAUUCCAGAAUCUCCAUCGUUUAAUUUUAAUGUGGUUUUUAGAAGACACAUAUUAGAACGUCAUUCACAGCCUAUCGUAUUAAUGUAUAUUGAUCAUUCACGACAUCAGCUGUGGGUUGCAAGAAAUGAUGGACUCCUUUCAAUUUUUAGUACUGAAAGUAAAACAGUCGUUACACGUGUACCUCAUCCUUCUGCUGAAAAGGCUCUUGGACCUCCUAGUGAAGCAGAAUGGAAACGUUUACAACGUGAAAUGGCCCUUAUGAAGGGACGUCCUUUUAGAUUGGAGGUUCAUAAAGAGUGUAAAAAAUAUCCACCUGCUCAUUUUGUAAGUUUUACUCCUAUUUCUAUUUUACAGGAGUUUAACCUAAUGAGAACUUCUAAACCAAGAGUAUCUCAUUCCAUAAGAGAAGAACUUGAUCAUGAUGAUGAUGAUGAUGAUCAUGAUGAUGUAGAGAAUAAGAAGAGUCUCAUUACUAUUAUUGAUGGUAGAUGUUCUCUAGAUGAAUAUGCCAAGUCACGUGAAGUUUCUCUUGCUGUACGAAUAGAAGCAUUAAAACAGUAUCGUCAAAAGGCUGUAUUAAUUCGUCAAGCUCAAAGAGAUAAUUAUUACUCUCUUUAUAACGUUGUAGGAAAUCGUAUAAAGUCUCUUGUUUUACAAUGUGCUAUAUUAGAUGCACUACAUGCAACUCGUAGGGCUUUUGGACUUUGGCUUCAUCAUCGUGAUUAUUUUUCUAGACAAUAUGUUUUACGUCAAAUGCGGAAAAAACGAUUAAGAAAACUUUCUCAGGUAGCAGAAGUUCUUGCAAAUGGUCAUGCUAUAAAGAUGCAAGGUGUAUAUUUUACAAAAUGGGUAGUUGGUAUACGCACACGAAAGAUGAAACAAAAAGCGUUAGAAUUUUCAAAAAUUUUAGACAAGAAAGCGAAUUUGAAAUUAAAGUCAAAAGUAAUGAAUUUAUUCGCUGAACAUUCACUGAGACGAAAAUAUUGGCUUCUCUGGAAAGCUAUAACGUCCCCACCUAUUCAUUUUACAAUAUUUUCUCCUAGAGCUCGAAGUACUAGUACUAUAAAUGGAUUGGGAGCUACACAGACAUAUACACCACGAUCACCGCGAUCUCCCAGACGUCGAUCUUUAUCACGUUUAAAAGGUACGGGACGGGAUUCAACUUUUUGUGCUAUUUCGGCUAUUAUUCGUCAAAUUCAUGUCUUUCGUGGUAAUCUUAUUAAAUUUAAAUGGAAUGAUACAUCAGAAAGUGUAUUGGAUUUAGAUGAUUUUUGGCUUAAUACAAUAGAUGCUGCAGCAAGUGAAGCGGAAACACGAUCAGCAUAUUCUGUAAAAACAGCAGUAUUUAAAUUUGCUCUCCUUCCUUUAUUAGAAGGUUUACUCUCAACUGCUGAAGAAGUUCUCCCGUAUAUUUCAGAAACUCCUGUUACAGAUGAAGUUCGAUCCGUUGUUGUAGGUUGUCUGCUCUGUGUAGAUUGUAUUUACGCAGAUCCAGAUAAUCUUGUACGUGUAGCAGUUGACAAUGGUGGUUUACAUUUUACUUCUCCACCUCCAUCCUCUUCUGUUCCUGUUAGUACGAAUACGACUAUUAUUACUACUAUUACGACUACCACAACAACAACUAAUACUGCUACUUUUACAGGUAUUACAGGGUCUAGUUCUUCGCAUAAUAGAAAAAGUGCUGUGAGUUUGAUGAGUGGUAUUUGGGCCCAAAGGGAAUUAGAAUUGCGGGAAAUAUUUGAAGAAGCUAUGGAUACUCGUGAAUUUCAGUCUCAAAUAGAGGAAAUAACUGCACAACGUUCGGUUAUCGAAGAGUUUUUGCGCCAAUGUUGUUCAGCUACAUGA